GGUGGAUCACCAACUGUCACAUUUUCCAGACCACCCGGCAGGUGCACCGGUGGAUCACCAAUUGUCACAUUUUCCAGACCACCCGGCAGGUGCACAGGUGGAUCACCAACUAUCACAAAACCCAGACCUCCUGGCAGGUGCACAGGUGUAUCGCAGUCACAGUUUGAGAACCACUGAUCUAUUGCAUUUCCUGGAGCCAGUAGGAACUGUGUUUAGAAUCCUCGCCUUCUACUUAACAAGUUAUCUGAAGCAUUGCUUCUUGUGUACAGUCCUCAUUAGUGUCUUUUUUUUAUUUUUUACUUGGUACUUUCCUCUGCAAGUCGGCAGGAAUCCGGCGCACCCGCUUCCGGCAGCUUGGUACAUCACUACGGCAACCAUGUUGUCCCACCGGGAGUGGCACAUUUAUGGCCUGUUUCAGAGACGGACGCAGUUCAUGUGCUUGUGGCCGCAGAUGCUGUACGAAAGUAUGCAAAAAAUUAGCAGGAGGCGUCUUGUGUAUACAUAUGCCUCCCGCAGACUUAUAUGAUCCGCUGCUGCGUUCAAAGACCCAUCAUUGGAUCACUUACAUGAACAUGGACCCUGUGAGUAACCUUCAGGUAACCAGGAUGGGCUACUGGUUCCAGGAUACCUGCAUUGGAAGACCCUGGCACACCUACAGAACAAGGACCACACCCCUCCGCCCCCUCCACGCUCCUAUGCGGCUGCAGCCUGUCAGUGGUACGACCAAGGGGUCACUGUGUGUGAGGAUGCAGCACCCGUUCUGCACAGGCGGAGCACAGGCCUAGCGCAUGCCUUGUCCCAGAAGCAUUGGACAUAAAUCCGGUUUAUGUACAUCCGUGACUAAGGCCAAUUCUUCCCGCCCGAUUCUUCCUUCCUGUCCGGUUUGGGGAUAUAAGCAAUCAUUAACCAGUGGCAGCAGGAAUCCAAGGACACGGUCAUCUCUCAGCUUUUAACGCACCUGCCUUUACUGAAGCCUGGGAACAUGGAUGCAAAAAUGGAGUACAUGAAACUCUUGCCGAAACUGUUGGCUCAUUCCAUAGAACACAACCAGCACAUAGAAGAGAGCCGGCAGCUGCUGUCGUACGCCUUGAUCCAUCCUGCCACGUCCCUGGACGACAGGAGCGCACUGGCAAUGUGGCUGAAUCACCUAGAGGACCGCACUUCGGGUAAUUUUGGUACCCAGGGGCGGUGUCGCUCAGACUCGUUGGAUUAUGGGCAAAUGCAUUACUACCACCAAAGACAGAACUCGGACGAUAAACUCAACGGCUGGCCGAACUCGCGUGACUCCGGUAUCUGCGUCAGCUCCUCCAACUGGCAGGACAAGAAUAUGAGCUGUGAGAACGGACAUUUGCCCCUCUACUCCUCUUCCUCCGUCCCCACAACCAUCAACGCUAUUGGAACCAACACAAGCACAAUUCUCUCAGGCCAGACCCACCACAGCCCUUUGAAACGAUCCGUGUCCCUUACCCCGCCCAUGAAUGUGCCAAACCAGCCACUAGGACACGGGUGGAUGUCUCAUGAAGACUUAAGAGCCAGAGGAUCCCAGGGUGUCCCGUCCGACCACGCCCCCCUAUCUCCACAAAGCAGUGUAGCCUCGUCAGGAAGUGGUGGGAGCGAGCACUUAGAAGACGCGUCUGCACGUAACACAUUCCAAGAUGAAGGUAGCGGUAUGAAAGAUGUACCUGCGUGGCUAAAGAGUCUCCGCUUGCACAAGUACGCCGCUCUGUUCUCCCAGAUGACUUACGACGAGAUGAUGUCCCUUAAUGAGUGUCAACUAGAGGCGCAGAAUGUCACCAAAGGUGCACGUCACAAAAUCGUGAUCAGCAUCCAGAAAUUGAAGGAGAGGCACGUUCUGCUGAAAUCACUAGAAAGGGACAUCCUAGAAGGGGGCAACUUGCGUGUCCCACUGCAGGAGCUUCACCAGAUGAUUCUUACUCCAAUCAAAGCGUACUCCUCACAAAAUGCCAGUGCAGACGACCACAACCGGGAGCCCGAUUCUCAGACUUCUUUAAUUGGCAAUGACGGGCAGGGAUCGCAGAACAAAGACUCUGCCUCUGGGGGGCUGCAACCGCACCAUAUGGGCAACUGCGAGGGUGAAAGUGGGGGAGUCCCGCUACCUGAAGGGGAUCUUCCAGGACAGUUUACGAGAGUUAUGGGUAAAGUUUGUACACAGCUCCUGGUCUCUAGAGCCGACGAGGAAAACAUCAGCUCCUAUUUACAGCUGAUCGACAAAUGCCUUAUUCAUGAAGCCUUCACGGAGACUCAGAAGAAGAGGCUGUUGUCAUGGAAACAGCAAGUACAGAAGCUGUACAGGUCAUUUCCACGGAAAACCCUCCUGGAUGUUGCUGGGUACCGGCAGCAGAGAAAGACCAGCAUUGACGUCUUCACAGGCAGCCGAGGCUUCGGACAGUCUAACUCCUUGCCCACAGCUGGAUCUGUAGGCGCGGGAAUGGCGAGAAGGAACCCACGUCAGUUCCAGAUCCCAUCCAGAAACCUCCCCAGCUCCCGCCUUGGUUUGCUGGGUCCCAGCGGCCUCCUGGGAGCAACGCAGCGAACAUCUUCCAGCAAUCCUGCAAUGCUGAAGCAAGGGAGACAGAAUAUGUGGUUUGCGAACCCUGGAGGAAGUAACAGCAUGCCGAGCCGAACGCACAGCUCCGUGCAGAGGACGCGCUCGCUGCCUGUCCACACCUCCCCGCAGACCAUGCUCAUGUUUCAGCAGCCAGAUUUCCAGGUACCAGCGACAGAGCCAGAUAUCAAUAACCGGCUGGAAUCUUUGUGUCGGAGUAUGACGGAGCAUGCUCUGGGUGAUGGCGUAGACAAAACCUCCACGAUCUAGAAGCGAAACGGAACGGUACUUUGUGGCAGCGCUGGACGUAUCACACGGAACUGCUGGUCCAGUGUCUGAAACCGCCAACUCUCUCUCCCCUGGAUGCGCCAAACACAAUUUUGCCUUUUUUUGUUUCCCAUUAUUGUACAGCGGAGAGUAGAAAGGGGCGGAAAGUAUAAGCUGAGCUUGCAAAAAAAAAAAAAGUUAUUUUGAUAUGUUA